UGGAAUUCCUCGGUUAAUCGUUUUCGCCUACAAUUAGCGGGACCUGUUGGCUUGGACUGCAAGGCUCAGCGGGGCUGCACGAGGUUAGUUGCUAAGCAAGGAGAGCUUCGGUCAACUGCCACUUGGACCACAGUGACAGGAAAUUCGUUGCUACCUCGAGGCCCCCACAAUGCCUCACAUCGACAACGACGUCAAACUGGACUUUAAGGAUGUCUUGUUGAGGCCCAAACGCAGUACCCUUAAGUCUCGAAGUGAGGUGGAUCUCACAAGAUCCUUUUCAUUUCGCAACUCAAAGCAAAUGUACACUGGGAUCCCCAUCAUUGCUGCCAAUAUGGAUACUGUGGGUACCUUUGAGAUGGCCAAGGUUCUCUGUAAGUUCUCCCUCUUCACUGCUGUCCAUAAACACUACAGCCUUGAGCAGUGGAAAGAGUUUGCUAGCCAGAAUCCUGACUGUCUUAAGCAUCUGGCUGCCAGCUCAGGCACAGGCUCUUCUGACUUUGAGCAGCUGGAGCAAAUCCUGGAAGCUGUUCCCCAGGUGAAAUAUAUAUGCCUGGAUGUGGCAAAUGGCUACUCUGAACACUUUGUUGAAUUUGUAAAGGAUGUACGGAAGCGCUUCCCUGAACACACCAUUAUGGCAGGGAAUGUGGUAACAGGAGAGAUGGUGGAAGAACUGAUCCUCUCUGGGGCUGACAUCAUCAAAGUGGGAAUUGGACCAGGCUCUGUGUGUACCACCCGGAAGAAAACUGGAGUGGGGUAUCCACAGCUCAGUGCGGUGAUGGAGUGUGCAGACGCUGCUCAUGGCCUCAAAGGCCACAUAAUCUCAGAUGGAGGCUGCAGCUGUCCUGGUGAUGUGGCCAAGGCUUUUGGGGCAGGGGCUGACUUCGUGAUGCUGGGUGGCAUGCUGGCUGGGCACAGUGAGUCAGGUGGUGAGCUCAUCGAGAGGGAUGGCAAGAAGUACAAGCUCUUCUAUGGAAUGAGUUCUGAAACAGCCAUGAAGAAGUAUGCUGGGGGCGUUGCUGAGUACAGGGCCUCAGAGGGAAAGACGGUGGAGAUGCCCUUUAAAGGGGAUGUGGAACAUACCAUCCGAGACAUCCUUGGAGGCAUCCGUUCCACAUGUACCUAUGUAGGAGCAGCUAAACUAAAGGAGCUGAGCCGGAGAACCACCUUCAUCUGUGUCACCCAGCAAGUGAAUCCAGUCUUCAGUGAUGUGAGCUAGGCCUCAGCAGUUCUGCCCUCCCAAGGCACCAGCACCUCAUCACAGGGCCUCCCAAGAUGGCCCCUCAUUCAUCCCAGCUACUAUGACUAUCACUUGGUAAUCUCAUCUCUUCGAGUUCCUGCGGUAAUGCUAUACUUCUGUCUACACCCACAAAAUGCCCAGCAUGCUCACUGGGGAGGAAGCAAGGCAGGCAGGCUGAGAAAAUGAAGAUAAUCAUAUGGGAAUCUGGGGACCCAGCUCCUGAAGAUUAUUGAAAGAAAAAGAUACUGAUUCAUAUGCAAGUGUUUUAUAUAUGACCAUGGUCUUUAAGCUUUUAGAAUCGUGUUUUGCUAAUCAGGUUCAUUAAAUAGGAUCUUUGAAUAUCUAAAAA